AUGGUAUCUAUCCCAGUCCCUAUUUAUAACCAGCUCAUAGAAGGCUAUUGGUUUGGACCACAAAUGUACUGCAUUGAAUUGUUUCCAUCAGUUUAUCAUGAGAAGGCUUUUAUCCUUUACAACUUCCUUGUGGUAUACAUGCUACCGUUGCUCACUAUCUGCAUCUGUUACUCUGCCAUGGUCUAUCAAAUGGGAAGGCCUUCUGUGGAGCCUGUUGACAACAGUUACCAGGUGCAAUUAUUGGCUGAGCGUUCUGAGCUAAUGCGGACCAAAGUUUCACGCAUGGUGGCUGUUAUUGUACUUCUCUUCACUAUCUGUUGGGGUCCCAUUCAGCUCUAUAUCCUUCUGCAGGCAUUUAGUCCCACUUUCAAACGUGACUACUACACUUAUAAGGUGAAGAUAUGGGCCCACUGUAUGUCCUACACCAAUUCGUCAAUCAAUCCCAUUGUGUAUGCAUUCAUGGGUGCCAACUUCCGCAAAGCUUUUAAUAAAGUUUUUCCUUUCCUCUUUAAGCAGCGAGUGGCCAGUGUUGGAGUUGCUGCUCCUAAUGCCAACACUGAAAUGCAUUUUGUUUCCUCAGGAACAUAG